GUGUGACUGCGCUCCGGGUGUGUGGACGCUGCUUUGUUGCCUGAGGGGGCUGGCAGUGGAAGUUAAAGGGGUCGCGGGCUAACGCUUCUCCGGACCUGCUGUCGCAAUCGUUGCAGGCACCACGCCCAGAAUCCUUUAGCGUAGGAGUCGCGCCCACAGCAGCUAUGAGCGGCGGGGUGUACGGGGGAGAUGAAGUUGGAGCCCUUGUAUUUGACAUUGGAUCCUAUACUGUGAGAGCUGGUUAUGCUGGUGAGGACUGUCCCAAGGUGGAUUUCCCUACAGCUAUUGGUAUGGUGGUAGAAAGAGAUGAUGGAAGCACAUUGAUGGAAAUAGAUGGCGAUAAAGGCAAACAAGGCGGUCCUACCUAUUACAUAGAUACUAAUGCCCUGCGUGUUCCUAGGGAGAAUACAGAGGCCAUUUCACCACUAAAAAAUGGGAUGGUUGAAGACUGGGAUAGUUUCCAGGCUAUUUUGGAUCAUACUUACAAAAUGCAUGUCAAAUCAGAAGCCAGCUUGCAUCCUGUUCUCAUGUCAGAAGCACCGUGGAAUACUAGAGCAAAGAGAGAGAAACUGACAGAGUUAAUGUUUGAACACUACAACAUCCCUGCGUUCUUCCUUUGCAAAACUGCAGUUUUGACAGCGUAUUGUGUUAUCCAGGAUUUUCAAGCUUCAGUACUUCAAGUAUCAGAUUCAACUUAUGAUGAACAAGUAGCUGCACAGAUGCCCACUGUUCAUUAUGAAUUCCCCAAUGGCUACAACUGUGACUUUGGAGCAGAACGGUUAAAGAUUCCUGAAGGAUUAUUUGACCCUUCCAAUGUAAAGGGAUUAUCAGGAAAUACAAUGCUGGGAGUCAGUCACGUUGUCACUACAAGUGUUGGAAUGUGCGACAUUGAUAUCAGACCAGGUCUCUAUGGCAGUGUUAUUGUGGCAGGAGGAAACACAUUAAUCCAGAGCUUUACUGACAGGUUGAAUAGAGAACUGUCUCAGAAAACUCCCCCAAGUAUGCGGUUGAAACUGAUUGCAAAUAAUACAACAGUAGAACGGAGGUUUAGUUCAUGGAUUGGUGGCUCCAUUCUAGCUUCUUUGGGCACCUUUCAACAGAUGUGGAUUUCCAAACAAGAAUAUGAAGAAGGAGGGAAGCAGUGUGUAGAAAGGAAAUGUCCUUGAAGAGUUCCCAAACCUCCACCUUCCUGUGUCACCCUACGUUUCAUAGCUUUAGUAAACUCAGGAAAAGAAUGACCAUCUUUUGUAGAAUGUUUAUACAUUUUUGCAUAUUUCAAUUUCCACUUAAAUUUUUUAAGGUUUUAACUGGC